AUGUCGAACCCGUUAGAUACCGAUGCCGGCUCAGAGCUGUUCAGUAGUUACGAGGCCGAGCUGAAACUGAUACAGGCCGAUCUGAACCAGACAUUGGACCAGAUCGCCGAGUCGAGUGGAGAGCAACGGAAAUCGUCAAUACGGAAAGCGGAGCAAGUGCUAGAUGAAGCUACUGAGCUGUUGGACCAGAUGCGCAUGGAGAAGCAAAACAUCCCCUCGGCGGCACGGUCAAAAGUUAACGCACGAUUCCGCAACUAUGCCACGGACCUUGAUGAGUCGAAACGCAAGCUCAAGUCUCUUUCUGACGACCGAAAAGCGCUCUUUGGCGAUCGCUACACCGACGACCCGCAGGAUGUUCACCUGGAGCAGAGACAGCAGCUUCUGUCCGGCACGGACCGCCUGGAGCGCAGCUCUGCCAGACUCCAAGAAAGUCAGCGGAUUGCUUUAGAGACGGAGGAUAUCGGCCGCAACACGCUAGCAGAUCUGAAUCAGCAACGGGAAACCAUUAUGAAUACCCGGAACAAUCUGCAGCAAAGCGAAGGAUAUGUUGAUACCAGUAUCAAAACAUUGAGGGGCAUGGCCCGUAGGAUGGCUACGAAUCGGAUAAUUACUAUUGCUAUUAUAACCGUUUUGGUUCUCCUGAUUAUUGCUGUUAUCUACAGCAAGUUCCAUUAA